AUGAGGUCAUUAAAGCUUCAUACGGGAUGGUUACAAAGUCUUGAAAUCGCCAAUUACGCAGCCAAUAUCUCAGACGAUGAUGUCCUUGACUUUGUCUCACGGAACAAUAGGUUACGCGAAAUCAUGCUAUUGAACAUCAAUCUAACGGACAAAUCAAUCAUUCAUAUUCUUGGACAUUGUCCAGAUAUCGUAUCCAUUUCAACUGGCGGUGACAGUUCUGGCGGAGAUGGGCGGAUCAAAGGCCAUUUUGCAUCCUACAUGAACAAGCAGGAAAAUAUGCACAAAUGGGAGAAAUUGACAAAAAUCACUUUUUGGGAUCAGCCAAUCGACAGGGCACAAAUUAGAGGCUUACUCAAAAAGCGACCGAACCUACAUAUCGAUCAGUUGCAGACACCCAGCCCCGAAGUAGUAAAAUCGCUCACGGAUGCCGGCAUCUCACCUUCCAACGUGGAACUAUCAGAUUUACAUGCCGAGGACUUUGCUAAAGCAUCACAAAUCGUGCCCGUUGUAUCUUUCUGGAGAAACGGCAAGGUUACAGGCCCAGACAUGGCGGAUUUGGUGCGAUUAGAACAGACUCGGUUGGACGCUAUCCGGCGGUGUAAGGCUGGGCUUCAAGCUUGGGCUGAGUAUGAGGCAGAGGCUGAAGAAUUUCCUGAGGAAUCAGACGGUCGUGGGAAGCGGACUCUGGACCCGGCCUCUCCCUCAUCACCACAGCCAGCUCGAAAGGUCGCAAGACGCGAAGUUUCCGAUCUCCGUCACGCAGAAGAUGCAAAGCAGGCCGACAUGACGAGUAGCACAAACGUCAAUGAAGCGUCAUCAAGUAUGGAAAACACCUCUGGGAACGUCAACGCAGGCAGCAGCUCUGACGGAAGCGCCUUGACUAAGAGCGUCAUCAAAGAAGAAACUUUGGAUGAGGAUAACUUCGGAGUGAACUAUGAGGCAGCCGAAACCCAUGGAGGAGAUGCCUUGGAUGAAGAGGAGGAUGCUAUGACGAGGACUGUAAUCAAGAGAGACGAUAGUGUAUGA